AUUUUCCUCCCAUCAUCCUCUCUCUCUUUCUCACCAGCAAGAAACAUGGGCAUCGAUCAGGAAGUCGUCAAAUCUUUUGUAAUAGAUCUUGCAGCCGGUGGCAUUGCCGCUGCAAUUUCUAAAACAGCCGUAGCCCCUAUCGAAAGAGUCAAGCUCUUACUACAGGUUCAACAUGCAUCAAAACAAAUUACAAAAGAUAUGCAGUACAAGGGAAUUGUUGACUGCUUUACCCGUGUAACCAAAGAGCAGGGCUUCUUCUCACUAUGGCGUGGAAACUUGGCCAACGUCAUCAGAUACUUCCCAACACAGGCUCUGAACUUUGCCUUCAAAGACAAAUACAAGAGGUUGUUCUUGAAUAAUGUUGACAAGAAUAAGCAGUUCUUGCGCUACUUUGCUGGUAACUUGGCUUCCGGAGGAGCUGCAGGAGCCACAUCACUCUGCUUUGUGUAUCCCCUCGAUUUCGCCCGUACCCGUCUGGCUGCCGAUGUCGGUAAGGGCGGAGGGCGAGAGUUCAAGGGUCUCGGUGACUGCUUGACCAAGAUCUUCAGGUCUGACGGCAUGCUUGGACUUUACCGUGGAUUCGCCGUGUCCGUCCAGGGAAUCAUCAUCUACCGUGCAGCCUACUUUGGCUUCUACGACACAGCCAAGGGUAUGUUGCCAGAGAACCUCAGCAGGAAUAUCCUGAUCUCUUGGAUGGUGGCCCAGACUGUCACUACCUGCUCAGGAAUCAUCUCCUAUCCCUUUGACACUGUCCGUCGUCGUAUGAUGAUGCAGUCUGGCCGAAAGGGUGGCGAUGUCAUGUACAAGGGUACCAUCGACUGCUGGACCAAGAUCAUGAAGCAGGAAGGUGGCGGAGCCUUCUUCAAGGGUGCACUCUCCAAUGUCCUACGUGGUACCGGCGGUGCCCUCGUACUCGUAAUGUACGAUGAAAUCAAGAAUCUCCUUGUAUUUUAAGAACAUCACCAACAAAAAGUUUUAGUCUGGUGUAGCUAACAUCAUGUGAGCAGAAUUGCCCAAAUCACUUUUUACAACAUUGUGGAUGGCAACAUCCACCUCCCAAUGUUCCAUCUCUUGGCAAGCGAAAUACCUUUUCUUCAUAAUCAUUUAAUUUAAUUCUGGAAAUCUUGUUUCACAUCUGCGCUUCAAGUACAGUGUUUUGGGUAAUUCUGCUUGAGAGGGUGAGGAUGAAAUAGGAUUUUCCUAUGAAAUGGGAUUUUCUUAUUUUGGUUGCUUUGGUUUCAGAAAUGUCUUCUCUCAAGACAUUUUUGAAACGAGGAUAUAUCAUAGCACCAUUGAUACCAAUAAAAAAAUCCUCAAGAUCUUAUUCAAAAGUCAGACCUCUAUGAGGUUAAUGCUCCACCAAAAUGCAUAGGUAUUUUCUAUCGGUUCUCAGUGUAUCGACCAAACUCCAAACAUUAAACACAUCAUGGUUAGACUGCAUAUAUGCAAAUUUAUGGAAAGAUAUUUAUAUGAAGUAUUCAUAUUAGAAUAAUGAAAAGUAAUUAUAGGGAUAGACCAAUCCAUUCAGGUUGUGUGAUUUUGCUUUUACAGUGUAGUGAUACAUUACACUUCCAAGAUGAAUGCGCAAUGAUAACCAUAAAAUUGAAGAAAAGAAAAAAAAAUCCUAAUCGUGGUAAUAGGUUCAUUACAGUAUGAUUUGAAGUUUGUUUGUAUUUUACUUUUGUGAAAUGAAUGUGUAACCCUUAUCCACAUCAGAUUUAAACAAAAUUGUAUCCGAUUCUUAACCUAUUAUCACACCUUGAAUGGCUGGCCGAUAAUAUCACCAUUCUGAGGCAUCACAAACUGGUAUCGAUGAUGGCGGAGCAAUUUCACACAUUUUGAACUGCCUAGUGCUUUUCAUUUCUUUGUGUGGUAUAAUGAUGAAUAUGCACAAUGUGUUGUGAAUAUUAUGGACUUGGAUUUAUGUGUGGAAAAGGAAAGUCUAAUAAAAAGCUAUAAAAUUAA